GUAUUAAAUGAAAGAGCCGAGAUUCCCACCCACCCACCCUUUCCUUGUCCUCAAAAUCCUAACGUUUCCACCGUAACAAUAACAUCCCGGCCCUGUCCUCUCUUCUCUCUCUCUCAAAUGGCUCAUGUCCUCCUCCGCCGCCGCCGCCUCCUUCCUCUCCAACGUCGGCCUCGGCUACUCCAUCGCCAUCGCCCUCGCCUUCCUCCUCCUCCUCUCCACCCUCCUCCUCUCUUCCUACCUCUGCUGCCGCUCUCCCCCUCCCCCUCCCCCUCCUCCCCCUCCGUCCGACGGAAUCCUCCUCCCCCGCAUCAUCUUCGUCGCCGACGACGACGACCAUGACGACUCCAUCGCCCUCGGCCUCUCCCCCGAUGUCAUCAACUCCUACCCCAGCUUCCCCUACGCCAAGGAUCAUACUCUCGCCUCCGACGCCGCCGAUAAUGAUUUCACUUGCUCCAUCUGUCUCUGCGAGUACAAGGACUCCGAGAUGCUGAGGAUGAUGCCGGAGUGCCGCCAUUUCUUCCACCUCCUCUGCCUCGAUGCAUGGCUCAAGCUCAACGGUUCCUGCCCGGUUUGCCGAAACUCUCCGCUUCCCACACCGAUCUCCACUCCGAUCUCGACGCCGUUGCAGGAAGUGGUGCCUCUCUCUCAGUACGCGGCCGAUCGGAGGCCAACCAGUUGACUUCUCAGAACUUUUUGUUCAUUUUAUUAGCCCCCGGUUAGAUUUGGAAUUGAAUUGUUUUUAUCUUUCUUGGGUAUGGUAAUUUCUUUUGUUCCAUAUUUUUUGAAGAAUUUUGUUUCUUCCUUGUUCUUCUGGUGAUUUUUAAUUUGGUUGAAUUGUAGGGGGAAAUGUAAGAGAUUAAAAUAAAGCUAUAUGUUCAUGUGAGUGCUACGUACCAUGAGUGUUGUUCA